UCGUUGACUUAUUAAUAAAUAUGUUUGAAUGAACACUUGUUUUCAAUUUGACAAGGAGUCUUUAACUUGAAAGUUGACAAUAUGACAAGAAUCGUUUUUUUCGUCAUCUUAGCAGUUUUAUUUUCCGUUGAAGGAUCAGCGUUAUAUGGCCAAAGACAAGAAAUGCACCAAAUUAGCUUCCCAACUGAUGACUUCAACGCGGGAAAUGGUAUUGUACAACAUCGUGGACAUUUAAGUGGCGUUGAUUUUAGCCAAGCAACUCUCAAUAAUGUGGGUAACAGAGUCAAUCAACAGAACCACAUUUCGCACCCUAGUGAUGACGUUACUGCACAAGAUGGUUUAUCACAAAAUCAUCGUUUAUCAACUGGCGUUGAUUUUAGUCAAGAAACUCUCAAAACUGAGGGUAAUAAAAAGGACAAACAGCAACACCAGAACAUUGACGAUGUUUCACCUACUCAUGAUGUAUCAAUUACACAGCACGGUAUGACCGUGGCUUGGCCGACUACGGGAGAUGUCCAACCACGUAACCCAGUUCUUGACAAUCAUUUUAAAUUAAGUCAACCAGGACAGAGUCUGAUGCAGUUGAAAAAUACACCGAAUUAUGUUUUGGUUCCUAGGGAUUAUGUAUUGAACGCUGGAGCAGAUUUAAAUCCAAAUUUCGACUUUAAAGUUCGUUCGCUUGUCGAUCCAGCCCAACACUCGUCAACUAAAAAAUAUGUUGUCAGUGCAGUAAAAGACUCAUCAACUCAACAAAAAGACAUAUCAAGUUCUAAUUUUCAAGACCGUGUUAUGGACCAACAGCAUCGUCUUAGUUUAUCACCAUUUCUUAAUCAACACGCGUCAACAAAACAAAAAGUUGUCCAUGCAGUUCAAGACUCAUCAACUCAACAAAAAGACAUAUCAAGUUCUAAUUUUCAAGACCAAGUUAUGGGCCAACAGCAUCGUCUUAGUUUAUCACCAUUUCUUAAUCAACACUCGUCAACUAAACAAAACGUUGUCCAUGCAGGUCAAGACUCGCCAGGUCAACACAAAGACAUAUUAAGUUCUAAAUUCCAAGACGAUGUUACGGGCCAACAGCAUCGUCUUAGUUUAUCCCCAUUUCUUAAUCAACACUCGUCAACUAAACACAACGUUGUCCAUGCAGUUCAAAACUCGCCAAUUAAACAAAAAGACAUAUCAAGUUCUAAUUUUCAAAACAAUGUUAUGAACCAACAGCAUCGUCUUACUUUAUCACCAUAUCUUAAUCAACAAAAUUUAAAGUUGGAAGCACCGUUGCCAGUCAAUAACUUCAAAUCGUCUAAAUCCGAUUCUAACUUUCAGCAAACUAAUCCCGAACCACUGAUGGUCCAAGAGUCUAAUCCUGAAUUUCUACCAAUGGGUAACCAACACAGUUUUCAGUUGAACGCACCAGUGGAACUUCACAAUUUAAAAGAUAUCCUACCAUCUCAAGAUGCGAGAAUGCACAUGGUCGUUGAUGACACAUGGUCAAAUCACAUCGGCAAACCGACAGCGACGUCAUUUAAAGAGAACAAUGUGUUUAACGAUAAAAUGUCAAGGUUUAAUGGCUUGAGGGUAUUAAUCGCAGAGCAGAAUAAAGGAUCAAAAUUUCACCCCCGUCAGCAAUCCAGAGGACGAAAAACAGUACAUAAAAAGAGACAAGCAGUUAGAAAAGUACAACUGGCUAGUCAUCGGGAAACCAUCAAUUUCGCUAAGUUGGCUCCCACUCUCUCAUCAGGUAGGGCUUUCCAGUCUAGAUCGGGCAAUGCACUACAUGAGAAGGGGUUUUCACCAACGACAAACACAAGAAUUGCUUUAGCUUCCAACCGACAUGUAGAAGGAAGUCAAUUUGCUAAAAACAGAGUACCAUCAGUGACCGGUAAGACAUUUGGAGGAGAACCAAUACCGGCGAUGCAAAACAGAGGAUUUUUUCCGCAGCAGACACUGGCAGCAACCACCGACACGAGAGAGAUUUCUCGAAAACGGUUACCACCAAUGACAGAAAUUUUUGGUGGAGCUUCCUUGUUUAAACCUCGACCACAUGUUAUUAAAUUUUUCCAUAUGAAUCCGAAGACUCAAGAUUUAUUAAGUUUCCGAGGGUGAGAAAUGUAUAUAUUGAAAGAGAGACAACUGCGACAAUACUGUGAUAUCUUGAUGCGAAAAUCCAAAGACUUGACACUAUACUUUUACUUUUUAUCUCGUUUAUGCUAUAACCAUUGUAUAUAAACAUAUCAUUAUUUAUUUACAAAUAUAAAAUCUAUUACCAAGAA